GCUUUGUGGUAACAAGCCACAGGUGAGCGGCCUACCCAUUCAUAUAAGUAUUUACUAUGCUUGUUAGUCACCCGAUGUGGGACUCGCAGCAUAUAUAUCAUGCUGUAGCUGUAGGACUAAAUUUGCAUAAGACAAUUCUUCCAUGUUCCGUGAGUGACAAUACUUCUUGCAAAGCAAUUUGAUUGUUUCAAAGUUUAUCAUCAGCUUAUUCGUGGUAGCUAUUGAAGUCAAUCAGACAAUCCUGUGUUUGAUGGGAUGUUCUGCUGCCAAAAGUCUUCAACAACAUAGUUGCCAUAAAUUUCCUAUAGCAUACUGUUUAUGACAUUGCUAUCCUUUAGCAUUAAAAUGCAUAAUACCAAGCUCUAUAAUCAUUUUCAUCCAAUUUCUUGGACAAGAUAAUCCGCAGGCUUGAACAAACUUAAGUUGUAGCAAAGUUAGCCGCUUCAUUGUUCAGCUUCAGAUUCUUGUGUUGUUAUUUUAUACACCUUCACAUUGCUCUUCCCUGGCUCCGCAUCGAAUGCAAUGUCUUCAGCUAUCUUUCUUCCUUUCAUACUUUCACUUUCACUUUCACUUUCACUUCUGAAUGGCUUAGAUGUCAUACAAUUAAACACAAACAUCACUGCCGGUUCAAAUUCUACCUGGAAGUCACCCUCGGGCGAUUUUGAAUUCGGAUUCUAUGAUCUUCGCACUGGUCUCUUUCUUGUGGGAAUAUGGUUUGGAAAAAUCCCAGACAGAACUUUGGCAUGGUACUUCCAGAGUCCCCCUGUGGAAGCAAAUUCCCAAAUCCAAUUCACUUCUGCAGGAAACCUUGUGGUUGCAUACCCGAACCAGACUAUUGCUCAAACCAUAUACAGUGGUGGUGCUGCAACUUCUUCCUACAUGCAAGAUGACGGAAAUUUUGUCAUGAAGGACUCCAACUCGGAAUCUGUCUGGCAGAGUUUCAAUUCUCCUUCCAACACAAUGUUACCAGGACAAACGUUGCAGAGUACCAAAGUUCUCUAUUCCAAGGAGAGAGGAGAUUCAAACUACUCAUUGGGAAAAUUCAUGUUACAAAUGCAAGACGAUGGAAACUUGGUGCUAAAAGCGUACCAAUGGUCUGGCCCUGCAUACUGGUACAAUUCAACCAACACCCCCAAUGUGAAUUUGGAGUUUAAUGCUACCAGUGCUCUCAUGCACUUUGUUAACGGCUCUAGGAGCAUCUACACCUUAACAAAAAGCACUUCAACCCCCGUGGAAGAUUACUAUCACCGCGCUACAAUAGAUGAGAAUGGAAAUUUUCAGCAAUAUGCAUAUCCCAGACGAAACGAGAAUGACACCACUGGGUGGAGGAGGGUUUGGAGAGCUGUGGAAGAUCCCUGCAGAGUGAAUCUUGUUUGUGGUGUUUAUGGUUUGUGCACUUCUCCUGACAAUGAAUCAGUCAAGUGUGAGUGUAUUCCGGGUUAUAUCCCAUUGGAUCAUCAAGAUGUGUCCAAAGGGUGUCACCCACCAGAUACAAUCAAUUACUGUGCAGAGAAGAAGUUCAAGGUAGAGGUGUUUGGGGACACUGAUUUCCAAUUCGAUAAUAAUUUUGUUCGCGUAUAUGAUGUUGAUUUGGAAGGUUGUAAGAAGUCUUUAAUGGAUGAUUGUAAUGUCAUUGCUGCAACUUAUAACACCUCCACCCGCACAUGUGCCAAGAAGAGGUUGCCUUUGCUGAAUGCUAGAAAUAGCUCUUCUUCGAAGGGACAGAAAGCACUGCUUAAAGUUCCUAACAGUGUUGAUGAUGGGAGAUCUAAUAAAGCUACCAACAAAAAGAGCUUUAAUGUAAGAAUAUUUUUGAAGGUUAUGCUUGCAGUUACUGCCACUCUUGCAUGUUUCUUUGGUGCCCUUGUUGUCUACUAUCACCCUUUCACUCAGAGACUAGCAAGAAGAAAGCGGUAUUUGAAUGCAAGCGCUAUUGGAAUCAACUUCAGAGAAUUCACCUUCCAGGAGCUGCAUGAAGCAACAGAUGGAUUCACUAGGAUUCUUGGAAGGGGUUCUUCGGGUAAAGUCUAUCACGGAACUUUAAUAAUAGACGAUGCAGUGAUUGGUAUUGCAGUAAAGAAACUGGAAAAGAAAAUUGAGAAAAGUGAGAGUGAAUUCAUGACUGAGCUCAAAAUUAUUGGCCGUACCCAUCACAGAAAUUUGGUGAGGCUUUUGGGCUUUUGCAUUGAGAGUAGCCAUCGAGUUCUUGUGUAUGAGUUGAUGACGAACGGAGCAUUGUCAAGCUUUUUGUUUGGAGAGGGAGAAAGGCCUCAAUGGGGUCAGAGGAUCGAAAUGGCUCUUGGAGUCGCACGAGGCUUACUAUACCUGCACGAAGAGUGCCACACCCAAAUCAUACAUUGUGAUAUCAAGCCCCAAAAUGUGUUACUUGAUUCCAAUCACACAGCAAAGAUAGCAGAUUUUGGGCUUUCCAAGCUUUUGCUCAAAGAUCAAACUAGAACAAGCACCAAUUUAAGAGGGACAAUAGGUUAUAUGGCACCUGAAUGGCUAAAGAGCGCACCAAUAACUGCCAAAGUUGAUAUAUACAGUUUUGGGGUUAUGUUAUUGGAGAUUAUUUGUUGCAGGAGGCACUUCGAGUCUCCUCACGAUGCAAACGACAGCGAAGAUGAUGAUUUGGUUCUUUCAAAUUUGGUUUUAAGGAGUGUGGUGUCUAGGAAGCUAGAGGUAGUGGUGAGACACGACUCAGAAGUGCUGAAUGAUUUCAAGAGGUUUGAAGAAAUGGCAUUGGUUGGACUAUGGUGUGUUCAUCCGAAUCCGGCUCUUAGACCUUCAAUGAAGCAUGUGAUGCAGAUGCUAAAUGGAACUGUGGAAGUUGGGAUUCCUCCUUUGGUUUAUGAUCAGAUGAUGGAAGAUCAGGGCUUGUAGUUUGGUCAAUGUUGUGUGAUAGCUUUCACAAAAUGUUUCAAAUAAUUAUUUAAGCUUUCAGUUGAACCAGAAGACUUGAUGAAGUCAUUGCAUGAAUGAAUAAUGUUUAUAUAUGCUAUUUUUUUCGUAUGUUGCCAGCUACAAAACAUCUAUGUUAAUAUUUAGGAUGCAGUUAU